AUGCAUCACCAACAGAAGCGAGUGCAUCACCAACAGAAGUUAGAUUGCAUCAGAAUUAGAUACGAGUGCUUAGAUAGAGUAUCACCAACAGAAAAGUUAGCACGAGUGAUCACCCAGAAGAAUCACCAACAGAAGUUAGAUCCAGUGCAUCAAAAGUUAGAUCCACGAGUGCAUCACCAAACAGAAGUUAAGAUUGUGAACCAACAGAAAGGAGUGCAUCACCAACAGAAGUUAGAUCCAGGAGUAUCACCAACAGAAGUUAUUGAGAUCCUAGGAGUGCAGAAGCGAGUGCAUCACCAACAGGAGUUAGAUCCACGAGUGGCAUCACCAACAGAGCAGAUCACCAACAGAAUGCAUCAUCAACAGAAGUUUGAACCAGACAGAAAGUUAGAUCAGGAGCAUCGCCAACAGAAGUUAGAUCCAGGAGAUGUUAGAUCAGUGCAUCGCCAACAGAAGUUAGAUCCACGAGUGCAUCACCAACAGAAGUUAGAUCCAGGAGUGCAUCACAGAAAAGUUAGAUCACGAGUGCAUCAGAAGUUAGAUCCAGGAGUGCAUCGCCAACCACAGUGCAUCAGAGUUAGGAUCACGAGUGCAUCACCAACAGAAGUUAGAUCAGGAGUGCAUGCCAACAGAAGUAGAUCACGAGUGCAACAGAAGUUAGUGCAUCCAUCAGGAAAGUUAGAUCAGGAGUGCAUCACAACAGAAAAGUUAGAUCCAGGAGUGCAUCAACAGAAGUUAGAUCCACGAGUGCAUCACCAACACGAGUUGAUCCACGAUGCACCAACAGAGGAGUGCAUUAGAUCCAGGAGUGCAUCACCAACAGAAGACGACCAACAGAAGUUAGAUCCAGGAGUGCAUACCAACAAAGGUAGAAACACAUCGGCAAAUUCCAUGCAUAUAUUACCUUCACUUAAAAGGACUCUGGGGGGAGAAGACUAUGGGUGCCAUGGAAUUUCAAAAUCACAAAAUGAGAGUCAAGAAAACAUUUCUUCAAGCGAUCCUGGUCUGGAACCUUUUGACCCGUCACCAAGCAGGAAGAGAUUAAAGACAAUCGCUUCGCCUGUAGACGCACCUGAUGUGAAAGUAUUAAAAGCUACUGAAUUUCCAUCCAGUGAGCCGUCUCAUUCGUUGAAAAGGCUCCAAAGUGCAUCUUCGGCUGUUGAGAUGGGGACGAAACGCCUAAGGUUGGAUGUGGCGGUAAAUGCUUCAGAGAAUUCGAGCGCUUUGUGGCCAAGGGAAAAACUCGGCCAGUGUAAUCCUGUAAUUGCAACUCUUGCUGCAAUAAUGGAAAAAUACAAAAAUGGACGAAAUGAACAAAAGUGCCUCUCAAAUACUGCCAGAAAAUCAAAGAAAUUGCCUCAUUGUACUAUUAUCACAAGAUCAAUAGCAAGGCUCAUCUUAAAGAGAUCUGCAAAUCAUAAUCAGAUUCAUGUUUCUCAGAAAAAGAUGGAAGUAUUCACAGCUGCAGCAGACGGAGAUCUGAAGAAGGUUCAGAAAAUGAUCCAAGACACAGGACCUGCCUUGAGGGAAGAUCAGACUGACUUCACGCUCCUUCACGCCGCUGCUGCCAAUAACCAACCAGACGUAGCAUUGUUCCUCUUGAAGCUGAUCAACCCUAAUAUAACCAACAACCAGGGCCAGACGCCUGCUCACGUAGCUGCCAUGAGGGGGCAUACGCAAGUGCUGAGGAUUUUGUUAUCCGACGAAGAAAUGAACCAUGAAAAGAAGGAUAACUUCAGGAUGACGUAUAAAGACCUGAUGUGUGUGCCCCUGAUCGAGGCGGUGCUGCAGGGCAACAUCGCCAUGGCUCAUGAGGCGCUGCAGCUGGGUGCUGACCCUGACUGCUACAUUGGCCACUUGAUGAAAGAUGCAGUGAAAAGUGAACUGCGCUUUGACACUCCUCGUCAACUUGCCCAUAAAACCAACCAAGAACACAUCAUAAACCUCUUUAGCCAGACAUACGGCAAAAUGAUUUCAAGAAACACUACAACACAGAAUCGUGCUGUAGUACCCUUGUGGAAUACCAAGGACCAACUCCUGAGAAAACCGUCAAUUCCUACUGUAGCAGCAGUAGAUCCUGUCGCGAGAAACGUUUACAGGAUGGGUUCAAAUCGUAGAGGUUUUGUGUGCAUCCUUAACUACAACUCGUUUUGUGGUCGCCCAGAUCUGAGUCUCAAGGACGCGACGAAAAAUGUUUCAGAUUUAUCAAACGUAUUUCAUGACAUGGGAUAUUCCGAUCGUACCUUCACUUCUCUGACCGCAGACGAAACCAAAAAGGCUUUGACCGAUGUAAGAGACAUGGAUAUCCUUGAUGAAGUUGGGUGUGCUGUCUUCAUCAUCACUAGCCACACAACAAGGAAGGAUAACUUCUUAACUUCUGAUCUCAAACUGCUGGGGACUGAAUGGGUUCAGGAGUUUUUCAAGGAUUCAGAGUGUCCUAAACUUAGAAAUAAACCCAAAUUAUUUAUCUUUAACUUUCACUGCGGACGCUUUAGAGAACAACAUAAGUACUUGCAAGCCCCAAGCAAAAUAAAAAGAUUCAGUGAACCAUUGCAAGAUAUGAUCAGCUUAUACUCCAUCACUAAAGCCUCCAUAGCAGGUGGCUUUGUCGAGGACAGGUCUCCGUUCAGCGCCGCCCUCCGUGCCACUUUGGAGCGCUGCACUCCUGGCAAGGAAUUGGGAGAGGUGUACAGGGAGCUCGUGCAGGAGUGCGCCAACACCUCUCCGACGUCCGUGGUAGAGUUAAGGAGCUUUGGCUUUACAAAUGAGUUUUUCUUCCGCUCAGAAGCACAUUCCUCCGGUCCGGGAUGAGAGCUAACCAGCAGAACUGCAAGCCGGUGUACUCAAAUGAUUUAGUGAGACUUCUAUUAUAAAAUUAUAUAAAGCGUCUGAAGAGAGCUAGCACCUUAGAUUAGAUUAAACCCCGAUUAUAUUACUGAUAUUUUGAAGGUGUUAUUUUAUACUAUAAUGUACUGCAUGUGUAUUAUUUAUUUGA